AUGAUACGAUGGGAACAGCGACUUAAUGUGACCAUAGACGACGACCAAUGGCAGUCAAUCCUAGAGAAUAUCAAAAAAGCCUCCAUCAACACCAUAAUCAAAGAAAACGCCUACAAAAUACUAUAUGACUGGUACCUCACGCCACAGAAGUUGCAUAAAAUAUACAAGUCAGACCCCACCUGCUACAGAGGAUGCGAAUCCUGUUAUCUGUUUUCUCCCCACAAGGCUGCUGAAUAUGUUCCGGAAAAGGUGAAGAAAGCGGAAAAGAAAUUGGAAGACAAUCCGUAUGACCUUGAUGCAUGGAGCAUUCUCAUUCGCGAGGCACAGAAUCAGCCUAUAGACAAAGCACGGAAGACAUAUGAGUGACUUGUUGCCCAGUUCCCGAGCUCUGGCAGAUUCUGGAAACUUUACAUUGAAGCAGAGGUAAAAGCUAAAAAUGAUGACAAAGUUGAAAAGCUGUUCCAGAGGUGCCUCAUGAAAGUCUUGCACAUAGAUCUGUGGAAAUGCUAUGUGUCCUAUGUGCGGGAAACCAAAGGGAAACUGCCAAGCUACAAGGAGAAAAUGGCACAGGCGUAUGACUUUGCGCUUGAUAAAAUUGGCAUGGAAAUCAUGUCCUAUCAGAUAUGGGUCGACUACAUCAAUUUCCUGAAAGGAGUAGAAGCUGUGGGAUCUUAUGCUGAGAACCAAAGAAUUACGGCCGUCCGCAGAGUUUACCAGCGAGGCUGUGUCAACCCCAUGAUUAACAUCGAACAGCUUUGGAGGGAUUACAACAAGUAUGAAGAGGGUAUCAACAUCCAUUUGGCAAAGAAAAUGAUUGAAGACAGAAGUAGAGAUUACAUGAAUGCAAGAAGAGUUGCAAAGGAAUAUGAAACAGUGAUGAAAGGUCUGGAUCGCAAUGCUCCUUCCGUGCCUCCUCAAAACACACCCCAGGAAGCACAGCAGGUGGAAAUGGGGAAAAAAUAUAUACAGUGGGAGAAGAGUAACCCUCUGCGAACAGAGGACCAGACCCUAAUAACAAAAAGAGUUAUGUUUGCAUAUGAGCAGUGUUUGUUGGUACUGGGACAUCAUCCGGACAUCUGGUAUGAAGCCGGACAAUACCUUGAACAAUCUAGCAAGCUGCUUGCUGAAAAAGGGGACAUGAACAACGCUAAACUGUUCAGCGACGAAGCUGCCAAUAUCUAUGAGCGGGCAAUCAGUACACUUCUAAAGAAAAACAUGUUGUUGUAUUUUGCCUACGCAGACUACGAAGAGAGCCGAAUGAAGUAUGAAAAAACACACAGCAUAUACAACAGAUUACUCGCCAUAGAAGAUAUAGAUCCCACCUUGGUCUAUAUUCAGUACAUGGAGUUUGCUAGGAGAGCUGAGGGCAUCAAAUCUGGGAGAAUGAUUUUCAAGAAAGCCAGGGAAGAUCCCAGGACCCGUCAUCACGUUUACGUCACUGCAGCCUUAAUGGAGUAUUACUGUAGCAAGGAUACAUCGGUGGCCUUCAAGAUUUUUGAGUUAGGACUAAAGAAAUAUGGAGACAUCCCUGAAUAUGUCCUUGCCUACAUAGAUUAUUUGUCUCACCUUAAUGAGGAUAAUAACACAAGAGUAUUAUUUGAACGCGUUUUAACAUCAGGAAGUUUGCCUCCCGAAAAAUCAGGUGAGAUUUGGGCACGCUUCCUGGCCUUUGAAAGUAACAUUGGAGAUUUAGCUAGUAUACUGAAAGUGGAAAAAAGGAGAUACACAGCAUUCAAGGAGGAGUAUGAAGGGAAGGAGACAGCACUUCUUGUGGAUAGAUACAAAUUUAUGGACUUGUACCCCUGCUCCACAAGUGAACUGAAAGCUUUGGGAUACAAGGAUGUAUCGAGAGCCAAACUGGCAGCACUAAUCCCAGACCCUGUUGACCGAAAACCAGAGUAUCCCAAACCUGACACGUCCCAGAUGAUCCCUUUCCAGCCGCGACAUUUAGCUCCACCUGGACUCCAUCCUGUUCCUGGCGGAGUAUUCCCAGUCCCUCCAGCUGCAGUGAUCUUAAUGAAGCUGCUUCCUCCCCCCAUUUGCUUCCAGGGCCCAUUCGUACAGGUUGAUGAGAUUAUGGAAAUCUUGUGGAGGUGCAAGCUGCCGGACACAGUGGAAGAGGCGGUGAGGAUCAUUACAGGAAGCCAGGCAGAGAUGAACAUGGAGGGGAACGGACCAGUUGAAGGCAAAACACUACUAAAUAAAUCUGUGAAAAGACCCAACGAGGAUUCCGACGAUGAAGAAGAGAAGGGGUCUGUGGUUCCUCCCGUCCACGAUAUAUACAGAACCCGGCAGCAGAAGAGAAUCCGGUGAAGAUUUUGCUUUUCUUUAAAA